AAUGCCAAAAACAGACGGAUUCGUCGCGGGGGAAUCGAGAAGGGGAAGGGAAGGUAAGGCACGUGUUGGGUGGGCGACGGGGCAUGCCGACCACCGUCGCCGUCCUCUCUAGGGCACUGCUCUUCCCGCGGCUCCGUCCUACUCCCCCGCCGCCCCUCCCACCGCCUCUUCCGUCGCUCGCUUUCCGGCGGGCGUUCCGUCCGCUUCGUCUCCCCCCGUCAGGGCUUCGAUCCAGGCCUCGCCCACUUGUCCUCGUCGCCGCCUCCUUAGGUUCAUCCUUCGAUGAGAUCGAAUCACACGGAAGCUCCUCCAAGAAUUCUAUUAUCUUAAAUUUGGUUCAAGAGAUAGAGCCUUUGGAUGUGAGCCUCAUUCAAAAGGAUGUUCCAGCCAAUACAGUGGAUGCAAUGAAGAGGACUAUUUCAGGCAUGCUUGGCUUACUUCCAUCGGAUCAAUUUCAAGUCCAUAUAGAAGCCUUAUGGGAACCACUCUUCAAGUUACUCAUUUCUUCGAUGAAGACAGGGUACACUUUGCGCAGUGCUGAAUAUAGGUUAUACCUUGAAAGAAAUCUAGAUAUCAUUGAAGACAACACUGAAAAAGAAAAAGCAGAAAUUUUGAAUGAAAAUAACUCAGAGAUUUCAUUUGGCAAGUCUUCAAGAGUAUCUGAUUCUCCUGGAAGAAUCAAUACUCAUGACAAUCUCGAAAAGCAAGAUCAAGCAUUACGUGCAGAUAUCAGUAUCAACAAUCUUGGGGAGUUAACAACUGAAGUUCAAGAAUACAUUUCCUACAUGCAAUCUCGUAUAAAUCUUGCAGAAAAGGAGCUGCAUGAUAUCAAGAGGAGAAAUUCUGCCUUGCAGAUGCAACAGUUUGUUGGAGAGGAAAAGAAUGAUUUGUUGGAUUAUCUAAGAUCAUUACAACCUGAGAAGGUUGCUGAACUUUCAGAGCCGACUUGUCCUGGUGUAGAAGAAGCAAUCCACUCAAUUGUGCAUGGCCUCCUUGCAACUCUUUCUCCAAAGAUGCAUUCCAAACCCCCUUAUCUCUCUGAUAAUCCAACAAGUGGAACCUUAGGCGUUGGUAAAGAUGACCAUGAGGAACUUGUUGAGAACACUUCCACACAAUUUCAGCCCAUUAUAUCCAUCCCCCGGGAUUAUCUUGCACGCCUUCUGUUCUGGUGCAUGCUAAUGGGUCACUACAUCAGAGGCCUCGAAUACCGUCUUGAGCUGAUGGAACUUCUGACAAUCCCUACUGAGACAGACUAUAUCAUAUGAAGGCGAUUCGGUUGCUUAACCUUGCUUCUUUGGUUCAGUAGAGAAAAAACAUAUGAAGAAGCUUUUCAACCCCUUGCACUGACGAGACGAACCACUCUUGUUAAGUUUGCACAAGUUCACAUCAAUCAUUUGGAAGUCGAAGAUGGUCUUUAGAUUUGGUGAUUGUAGAUACUGAUGACAAAAGAUUUGAGAAAUCAGAAAUAUGUAUUUUUCAAACAUCAACCUUUGUAAAUUACCAUUCUCAACUAGUUAAGUUACAUCUGUUCAUUUCA